AUGAGAAGAAAUUCUCCAAUGGAGCUCCCAGAGGACUUCUGGAUCCCAGUUCCUUUGGACACCAACAACAUCUCUUUAUUCAGCCCAUACCUGGUUCCCCAAGAUCAUCUAGGGAGCAAGGCCGUUUUUUAUUCCAUGUCAGCAUUUAUGCUCUUUUUAUUUGUCGCUGGCACAUUAAUCAAUAUUGCCACUAUUGCAUGCACAGUUAAAUACAAGAAGCUUCGAUCUCACCUGAACUACAUUCUGGUAAACCUGGCUGUGGCAAACCUUCUUGUCUCAUGCGUGGGCUCCUUUACUUGCUUUUACUGCUUUGCCUUCCGAUACAUGAUUCUCGGACCACUUGGGUGCAAGAUUGAAGGAUUUACUGCAACUAUUGGCGGUAUGGUUAGCCUGUGGUCUCUGGCAGUGGUGGCUUUUGAAAGGUGGCUGGUUGUGUGCAAACCUUUGGGAAACUUUGCCUUCAGACCUAAUCAUGCAAUCGCUUGCUGUGCAGCAACUUGGGUUUUUGCUUUGAUGGCUGCUCUUCCUCCACUGUUUGGGUGGAGUCGGUAUAUCCCUGAAGGAAUGCAGUGCUCUUGUGGUCCAGAUUGGUACACGUCCGACAACAAGUUUAACAAUGAGUCCUACGUGAUGUUCCUCUUCUGCUUCUGCUUUGCAGUACCAUUCUCCACUAUUGUUUUCUGCUACUCACAGCUUCUUUUUGUGCUGAAAUCAGCCGCAAGGGCCCAGGCUGAAUCGGCUUCUACCCAGAAAGCGGAGAGAGAGGUGACGAAGAUGGUUGUCGUCAUGGUAAUGGGCUUUCUGGUGUGCUGGUUGCCGUAUGCCUCUUUUGCCGUUUGGGUCGUCAACAACCGCGGGCAACCUUUUGACCUGAGGCUCGCCACUAUACCCUCCUGUCUUUCUAAAGCCUCAACUGUCUACAAUCCAUUUAUCUACAUAUUUCUCAACAAACAGUUUCGCUCAUGCAUGAAGAUGAUGCUGGGGCUGAGUGGAGCCGAUGACGAUGAAUCAUCAAGUCAAUCAACCACUGAAGUCUCGAAAGUUGGUCCUGCUUAA